CCUCAAUAUUCCCAGAGCUAUUCAAUCACCCUUCUCUAUUCACCAAGAUCGAGGGAUAACGCCAAGAGAAUUGACCUGAUUCAUUUGUCGCGGACUGUUUCAAACAACACCACAUACUCUACCCUCAUUGAACUCACGCUACCAUUCAACAACCGCAACCAUGGACUUGCGGUCAAUCGACAACGUUGAAAACAGACGGCGCAUGCAAGAAGGCGAACUCUACUAUGCAUUCACUGAUGACCUGAUCCGCGAUCGACAGCGGUGUUCCAAAGCGAUGAAGAAAUUCAACGCGGCCGAUGAUGUGGAUCGGCGAAGUCUUAUCGAGAUGUGGAAGGACAUCAACAAUGACACCACUGCUCUUCCUCCGCCCGCCGCAAGCCCAGAAGAGGACGAAGACGCGCUCCAGAACUGGCCGUGGAUUGAAAGUCCCAUUCGAAUGGAUUAUGGUUACAAUCUCAAGAUCGGUGAAGGCGCCUUCAUCAACUUCAACAGCAGCUGGAUCGAUACAUGCCUCAUCACAAUCGGCGCCCGCACACUCAUCGGACCAAACUGCUCCUUCUACAGCGGAACUCACCCUCUGGAUCCGGAAGUUCGGAAUGGCACCCGAGGGCCAGAAAGCGGGAAGCCGAUUACAGUCGGCGAGGACUGUUGGUUCGGUGGAAACUGCAUUGUGCUGCCGGGUGUGACUAUCGGACGGGGCGUGACCGUUGGGGCGGGAAGCGUUGUGACCAAGGACGUUCCCGAUCGUGUUGUCGUUGCUGGAAAUCCGGCGCGGGUGAUUCGAAAGUUGGAUGAGAAGUAAUGAGCACGUUGGUUGUUGAUGUGUGGCUACGAAUUCCUGGAAGAUUCUCGGUUUGUUUUAUUUACUCAACACCAUCAGAUGGGUUCUUAGAAGGUGUUUUCUAUGAGAUACGCCACGUUUGCCGAUGUCUCCAAACAUCUGGUUGUAUUGGAGGUUGAAAUUGGUCGUUUAUCUAUUUAAGCUAACAGAGAAAGCAUCCGAGGU